GAAUUAGAUGUAGUUAAUGAAUUUUCUGAAAUAAAUAAAAUCCUUCAAGAAGAAAGUGAUCUACAAAAGAAUCAAAUAAGAAACCUCAAAGAAACAAAUAAUUUUCAAAAAGAUCAAAUAAGAAAUCUUAAAAAAACAAAUACUUUUUAA